UCCGAGCUCGCAGCACAGGUGACUCGUCGGAGGCGUUUCCUCCAUUUUGCUCGCGGAGAGGCAAACGUCGGCGGGGAAGAGAGUUGCGGCGCAGCGGACCCUCUCUACAGGGGAGGAGGCGACGGGCACACGGAACGAGCAAGGGAAUCACAAUAUAGGGACGUGGGACUGAGGCUGCAUCGCUUCCUUUGUAUCCCUCUGACAACACCUUGCCCAGUAUCCCAUCUCAGCCUCUCCGGCAACCCAACAGCGGCGGCGAAUAGGCGGUUCCCGCCACAUGGGUCGCCAGUCCAGGAAGCUUGCAAAGAGAAGGGCGGAUGCUGAGGCCGAGGCAGCAGCGGCUCCUCCGGCUACGUCGACAUCACAUAGUCCUCCGGCCAAAAAGCAGAAGCUAAGUAGCGGGCUAAAUAACUGGGAGGCGGAGAAACUUUUUGGCGAGAUCACGAGUAAGUUGAAGAAUUACCCGCGUGUUUCCCAACCUCUCCCCCGCAGGCUAAAGAUUGGUACCAGAAGCCUCAAGGACAAAGAUCCCUCGUUGUUGACGUGGACGUGCAAUAAGUGCAGAAGGAUCAAUUAUCCCAGGCGCUACCUGCUGACCGAUCUACCAGUAAUACAAUGUGAAUGCGGUGAAGAGGCUGAUAUUGAAUUUGACUUCUCCAUGGCUAAUAUUGAAGUCAACGGAGAGUGCCCAAUUGGCAAUGUAAAAAAUCAACAAAAAGAACCUAAGUGUACUGUCUAUUCAACGGCUUCUAAUAUUGAGGCUACUCUGCGAAUGAGGCAGAUACUUUCUGGGCAAAAACUUGAAGAUAAUAAACCAGUGAUAAAUAUUGAUCAGCUUGUUGAUCAUUACGAGUUCCUGAGAAUUAAUUAUGGAAUUAACCAAAAACCCGAAGAUCAAUGGAAUUAUAAGACAAUCCGGUCUUUGUUUAUUGCACUUGGACUUUUUGGAGCUGUAACUGAGGAGCCCAGUGUGCACGAGCUUGGUGACUAUGUGAGAGUCAACAAGAAUUUCUAUGACAUCUGCCGGGUUUUGGCAGAUGGACAUCCUCUCACAACUGGGAUUGUCCCUGGGAAAAAAUUUCGGCAUUUAAAGCCAGGUCAAAUAUACAAGGCACCCAAGAAAGAGAAGUUCACUGCAAAUAAAAAAGACACUGGUCAUGCUAUAUUGUUAAUUGGAGCUGGAAGGAGGAGAAAAACAAAUUACUACCACUUCUUAAAUUCAUGGGGGGAAAACUUUUGUUUAACUGAUGAUGGAAAGGGUGGCUUUGGGAUGGUACGGGCAAGUGACAUUACACUUAGGCCAUUGAAAUUCAUCCGCUAUAAAGAAGAAGUGGUACAUCAUCAAAGCCUUGCGUCAACCUAUAAGGCCCAGUAAAUGAAAUGCCGCCAGCAAGCCAUGAGAUUGUUGUUCUUGCUGAGCCCAGCUAGUCAGAUCCAGAUGGGAUGACAAUUGGUAUCCGAGUGAUCAAUGCUCGGACCAAAUUUUUUCUCCCCGGCGGCUUCUUCCAAUGGCGAUCCUGCCCCUUCCCCUUCUCGACCACCGCACCAGCGUCUGCUACCUUCCUCUGCUCCAGCGUAUGCCCCCUCCACCUUCCCCUCUGCCGCCACCUACCACCACCCUUUCCCUGUCUUUGCUGAGCCACCUCCUCUUCUACUGUGUCCGGUCUGUUCCCCUCCGUAUCCUGUUGCCCGACGAGCGAGGCGACCCCAGUCCCCACCAAUGUUGAGCCAAAUUGGCCUCCUUUCCAGCAUCCACAGUCCGACGCCGCCCUCCCUCUGUCUACCAAUGCCACCUCGUCUGUUGCGUCUACACCAGGCCUCUUCUCAGGUGCCACCUCGUCCACUGUGUCCAGCACAGGUCUCUUCCCUGGUCCAGCCUCGCUUGGAUCAACAUCGCAUGUGCAUGUGUUCGGCAACACUGUCGUCUCAUCUGCAGCUACCACUGCUCCUAAAACCACCAUCAGCAGAAGCGCAGGCUCGCCCGGAAGCUGCCGUCAGUGAGGAUAUACCUCGUGUGGUCCUCAACGUCAAGCGACGAUUGGAUGAGCAUCAAGCUAAAUCACAGCGUUCGUUUGAUUCGCUGCAAGGCGAGGUCUCCAAACUGAAGGACAGGCUAUCUUCUCUGACCACUUCCAAGGUACCUUUGUCCGCGUCAAACACCACUACUGCCCCGACACCAUCGGUUGGUUUGACAUCAUCAUCCGGAAGCACGACGAUGGCUGCAUCUGCUCCCUCAAUGUUCUGUGCAGCAGCAAGCUUGUCAGUGAGCUCUUGUAGCUCCCAUAUUGGUGCAUCAACUACUGCAUGUGUUACUCCACAUGUGUACGGUGAAAUCCCAGAACAAUAUGGUUUUCACAAUCUCAAUCGCCAAAAUGUGUUCCUAGCAGAUGGUACUGAGCAUAGCUACUAUGUGCUACGGGGAGAUUCUUCAGCUGAGCAGGUUACUCCACCAAUGUUGCCUUCAGUAGCGGAAAAUGUUGGUACCACGCCUCAGCCGUCUGUAGCAGCACAAGCAGCAGGUCUGGCUCCAGUUCCUUGUUCUAAAGCCAACAAUAGAGUUGGUUAUUAAUCACUGUCUGUUCACAUGCUGCAACUGCCAACGACUGCGCCAGAUACCUCCAGUGUGUGCAAGGAAAUGCCUGUAUAUGAUAUUUAUGAAGAAGACAAUUCUUGUCUAAAUUGCAUGGAUGAACAGCUUGCCAAGCCUUUCCACAAGGCAUCCGAGAAUGCAUUCAUUGAACAGCUUCUCACGUGUUUCAGCAAGGCACUGAAAACUGGGCAAACCAGUGGUUGUUUGUACUACACUAUUGAUGUGUUGGAUUAUGCUCUUUAGCAGCAGCAAGAUGAUGAGAUGGCAUUAGCAACCAGGUCCAGUUUACGAUUGCUGCUGCAAAAUUGCAGUGCACAUAUGUCUACAAUCCUGAGAUGGUAUAUGUAUUUUCUGUGAAUUUUGGUGCAAGAGGCAACCCCAUUUUUGCUUCCGUUAUCAUGCAUGUGCUACUUCAUUGGUUUGGGAUGGACAAAAGUGAAUGCAGCAGCUGUACUUGUUCUAGCUGUUCCAUGUUCUAAAGGCAAGCAUCAUUCCUGUCAAACGGUGGCAAUAGCAGGACAAAUCAUUUAUUUUCUAAGCUAUUCAUGCAAUCCCUAUGGGCAACACCAGCAGUGUAAGUGUCAAAACAGAAGCAUGCUGUGGAUUUUCUUUCAAUGGUUGAGAUGUUGCUGAACGGGGGUGACUUCAAAGAUGGACAUCUAGCAUACAUGCCUCAGGGUACUAGUGUUAGUUCUUCAGAAUUAGCAUUCCCAGUUAAUGCUGAUGCUUAUGUAUCAAGAUACAUCAAGUUCAUACAACAUCUGUCUGUUAGAAGUUUCAGAUAUGCUGGCUCAGGUUCUAUAGGUUUCAGUGAUUGUGAA